AAAACGAUAACUGAGGAGCUUCUCCGUCACACUCAGCAGUCUCUCCCUUUGGCUGCUUUCAUUCUUUGACGCACCUCACUCUUCCAGCUAUCUAAGGCGACUUGCUUAUAUGAUCGUUGAGGGAUAUGGCAUCUUCUCUUCUCAGAAGGAUGUUGUUGGGUCCUCGCCUCAUUCAUUCUUCGAGGCCCCAAAUACUCACUUCUUUCUUAAAUAAGAGCUCAUUUCAAUCACAAGCUGUUCCAGCCUAUACUUCUCAAAAAACAAGGAUAACUGGGUGGUCUCAUUUUGUCAUGGUUUCCUCCCCCAUUGGAACACGAGCUUCUUAUUCAACAGUGUCUGUAUCUACGGAUGAUCCUGUUGUUUCCGUGGAUUGGCUCUAUGCUAAUCUUAAGAAGCCUGAUUUGAAGGUAUUGGAUGCCUCCUGGUACAUGCCAGAUGAGCAGAGGAACCCAUUUCAAGAAUAUCAGGUUGCUCACAUUCCUGGGGCCCUUUUCUUUGAUGUAGAUGGAAUAUCGGAUCGAACUUCAAAUCUACCGCACAUGUUGCCAUCAGAAGAAGCUUUUGCUGCUGCUGCUUCUGCUCUUGGCAUAGAGAAUAAAGAUGGAUUGGUUGUUUAUGACGGAAAAGGAAUAUUUAGUGCAGCUCGUGUAUGGUGGAUGUUCCGAGUUUUUGGGCAUGACAGAGUUUGGGUAUUAGAUGGUGGCCUGCCAAGAUGGCGUGCGUCAGGAUAUGAUGUUGAAUCAAGUGCUUCUGGUGAUGCUAUAUUGAAGGCUAGUGCUGCAAGUGAGGCCAUAGAGAAAGUAUACAAGGGACACGGAGUUGGGCCAAUCACAUAUAAGACUAAAUUUCAGCCACAUCUUGUUAGGACGAUGGAGCAGGUGAAGAAAAAUAUUGAGGAAAAAAGUCACCAACAUAUAGAUGCUCGAUCGAAGCCCAGGUUUGAUGGAGCUGUGCCAGAACCCCGUAAGGGAAUUAGAGGUGGUCACGUACCUGGCAGCAAGUGCAUUCCUUUUAAACAGGUGCUGGAUGCUUCCCAAACAUUGUUACCACCGGAUCAGCUUAAGAAGCGAUUUGAUGAAGAAGGAAUCUCUUUGGAAAGCCCAAUAACAGCUUCUUGCGGCACUGGAGUAACUGCUUGCAUUCUUGCAUUGGGUCUGCAUCGUCUUGGAAAGUCUGAUGUUGCGGUCUAUGAUGGAUCUUGGACUGAAUGGGGAGCACAAUCUGAUACACCAGUUGAAACUUCUUAAAUGCGAUAUAGCCACAACCUCAUGAGCAGCAUGCAUUAAUGUGUCUUGUUAGGGAAGGGGCUUUACCACCAUAGUCAACUUAUUUGAGCCCUGCAAUUUUUUGUUUCUUUGCUUCUUCCCUUUUUUCUCCUCCUCAAUGAUUAAAUAACAAAUGUCAUUGAUCCUUGUUAAAAAUUGUUACCGAAGCUAGUUUUGUGGUUUAUAAAAAUAAUCUGAAUGUGUUGUUCAUGAGAUACUGAUAGAAAUUGUGAAACGCCAAGUAUUAUCAUGUUUUGCAUUCCUUGGGAA